AUGGAGUCCAAUCUUCUUCUCAUUCUUGAACCUGCCCUGGUCGCAUCCGGCGCUGGAUUUUCAACUCCAAACGGUCGUGUGAAUUGGUCGUCAAUCCGAGUUGAACUUAGGUGAGUUUCAACAUCCAUCCAGUUGAAUACAGCAGAUUUUGCCCUAUUUUUCCGAAAUCUCCCAUCUGAUGGCAUGGAUAAUGUAGAAAUCGCAAUUAUUUUCAAUUUCAGUGAUUCGACAAGGCCAUCAACGAGUGCAGCAUGGCUACUCGGGUCUGGAGCACCCCAUGGAUAUGGGUUUCCGCGUUUCUGUUGCUGGCAAACAGCGGGUUUGGCGACGCGAAAGCAGUGGCCCCCUCCGACCUGGCGUACUCUGCAAAUCGGUAUUUUCAGUCCGGUAAGUGAGAUUUUUCUGUCCGACUUGAUGUGAAAAGCCUUCUCCUUCGAUUUAACGCUAGUUUUCACAGUAAUCGAAGCGAAUUUUACUCUCAAAAAUGUAAUUUUAUUAUUUUUUUUGUUAAAGAUCUCAUUUUUUCUUACGAAAUUUCCCCCCAAUUUCCAGAGACACCUACUCUAUGUUGCGCAAGUUGUACUAGGCCUUCCGGAAAGUCGCUGGACUGAUUUUUGACGUUUGCGCUGUGCAAAAAAAGUCAGGAUGCGAUCGACAGGCCAAAAAAGCCUAUUGCACGGUGCAAAAAAAAAAACAAGAAAUUGCACAGUGCAAAGAGAAAACUUGUUUUCUCACAGUGCCGGUUUUAGGCCGUCGACACGCACUGUGCGAAAACAAAAUUUUUGUUUGCACUGUGCAAUUUCUUCCUUUUUGCACCGUGCAAUAGGCUUUUUUCGGCUGUCGCUCGCACCUUGACUUUUUUCGCACAGUGCAAGCGCGAAAAAUUAGUCCGGCGACCUUCCGGAAGGAUCAAACUCACCGUGAAGAACGGGUGGUGCAUUUUGCCUUUUUGCACGGUGCGCGGGCCUUUUUGGGCUGAAAUCGGCGACACGCACUGUGCGAAAACAAAAUUUCACUUUGCACUGUGCAAUUUUUUCCUUUUUGCACCGUGCAAAAGGUUUUUUUCGGCUGUCGCUGACCUUUUUCGCACAGUGCAAACACCAAAAGUCAGUCCGGCGACUUUCUGCACGGACUGGUUUUAUUUUUUUCAUCUUUGUGAAUUCAUCUAUUUUCAGUGAAAACCAUGUGCCCCACUUUGCGAUUGGAGCUGUUGGGCACGCCGCGAGAGCGGGACCUUGCAAUUAACGCGCACGAGAUUGCAUAUCGUAAGUUACAGGAUGAGAAUUUUUUUCAUUUUUUUUAGGUUUGUCCACUGAAGCCGAACGAUUCAAGCACUUGUAUAACGACGACUUUUAUCGCGCUUACAUGAUGGCCGUCUUUGGAACGCUUCAGACGUUCGCCAUGUCCGAUUGCGCCUUUAUCAGUGGCGAUAUCAUACUGGAUCUGCGUGUUCCUUUCGCCGGCUCGAUUACGUCGGCGGUCCAGAAUGUGUACGGUGUAAGGAGAGAUUUAUUUUCUUUUCGUUUUUCGCAAAAAUGCACAGACUUUUUGUCGCGGAUUUGCACUGUGCAAAAAGUUUGUUUUGCACCGUGCGUUUGGUCCUUCCGAAAAGUCGCCGGACUGAUUUUUGACGUUUGCACGGUGCGAAAGUCAGGGUGCGAGCGACAGCCGAAAAAAGCCUUUUUCACAGUGCAAAAAGGAAGAAAUUGCACAGUGCAAAGUGAAAUUUUGUUUUCGCACAGUGCGUGUCGCCGAUUUCAGUCGCAAAAUGGCCCACGCACCGUGCAAAAAGAGACAAAUGCACCACCCGUUUUGCACGGUGCAUUUGAUCCUUCCGAAAAGUCGCCGGACUGAUUUUUUGGUGUUUGCACUGUGCGAAAAAAAGUCAGGGUGCGAGCGACAGAAAAAAGCCUGUUGCACGGUGCAAAAAGGAGGAAAUUGCACAGUGCAAUGAAAUUUUGUUUUCGCACAGUGCGUGUCGCCGAUUUCAGUCCCAAAAUGGCGGGCGCACACUUGCGGGCAACCACUUUGCGGGCAAUUUUUUUGCGGGCAGCCACUUUGCGGGCAGCCGACAUUUGCGGCCAGCACCGGCAUUUGCGGGCAACCUUGGGCAUUUGCGGGCAACCGACACCUGAUUGUGAGGGUAAAAGGGUGGAGAUGGAAAAAUUACUAUGAAAUUUGCCGACAUUUGCGGGCAACCGGCAUUUGAGGAUAACAAGGUGGAGGUGGAAAAAUUACUGCGAUAUUUUGGAAGUUUUCCGACCUUUGCGGGCAUGCAAUACUUGCGGAAAGCCGACAUUUGCGGGCAACAGUUCCAAAAGUUCCUAUACAGUCUGUGUGAUUGUUUUUUCCUGUUGCCCGCAAGUGUCGGCUGUCCGCAAGUGUCGGUUGCCCGCAAAUGUCGGCAAAUUUCCAAAAUAUCGCAGUAAUAUUUCCACCUCCACCCUGUUACCCUCAGGUGCCGAUUGCCCGCAAAUGUCGGCUGCCCGCAAGUGUCGGUUGCCCGCAAAUGUCCCAGGCUGCCCGCAAAUGUGACCCCCCAUAUUUUGCCCGCAAAGUGGUUGCCCGCAAAGUGGUUUUCCGCAAGUGUCGCGACGCCCGCAAAAUGGCCCGCGCACCGUGCAAAAAGAGGCAAAAUGCACUGGGCAUGCGAUGAAAAGGUUUUUUUAAACUAGAAUCUCCUAUUUUUAAUUUUUGUUUCAGGUCUCUGGAUCAUUAAAAAUUGUCACCCACCACUCGCAAUACCUCCAAUUUUCGAAUCUGGCCAGAAUUGUGAAUAAGGACAAGAGCAAGCCCGCGAUUGAGAUGAUCACCUACAGAACGACCAACGAGGAUUGCCGUCCUUUGACGUUGGCUAAUCUGCUUCGUAAGCGAAUUUUUCUUUCUCGAUUUUCUUUUUUUUUUUUAGGAUACCACGGAGUGCUGAGAAUCACUGCCUAUUUUGCCUCUGCCAUCGACAAAUCUGAGGUCUGAACUUCCGCCAGCACUCGGGAAAAUGACUAGUGCAGGUUUUCACUAGUCAUUUUCGUAUAGAGCAGGUCGACUUUUGUGGGAAAAAAAGAGAUUUUUGCAGCUGGAAAAUGCGUUUUUUAACCAAAGUCGACCUGCUCUGUCCACCUGUACUAGUCAUUUUGGAUGGGGGAAGUUCAGAUCAUUCGCUGUUUAGGAAAGAGGAAGUGUGGCGCAUGAGAUCUUCCACGAGCACGACACCACCCUUCAUGUUGAGUUCAAGCGCGACCAGUACAACCUGGAGAAGUCGGGCGUCGCGAAAACGGAGUGCGCGAACGGUGUGUCGCCGCGAAACGCCAACUUUGAGCAAGUGUGCUGUCCGGAGGAAUGCAAAGGCGGCUGCUAUUACAAAGGCACGGAAUUGGUUUGCACGGUGCGUUGGUUUUUUUUAUUUUUCUGUUUUUAGUGUUGAAUCUUGAAGCGACAUGGCUGAAAAAAUUUGCGGGAACGGUUUUUCAUGUCUAUGGUCAGGCUGGUAGAUAAGAUAUCUAAUUUUUCCAUUAGCGCGUUUUGUAGAAAUUUUUUGUUUUGGAAAUUGCACUGUGCAGCAAAUUUGGUUUUUUUUAUGUCUGCACUGUGCAUUUGAGUUUUACUGACCAAAAUUGUAUAAAAAGACAUGAGUUGGGAUGUCUCUGUAAUUUUUGCUACAAAAAAAUUUUUUUUAUAACAUACUCUUUGUAUAGCAAACAAAAAUUUUUUUGGCUCUGCACAGUGCAGCGGAUUUUUUGAUUUUUUAAAUUUUCGCAGUGACUGUGGUUUUUUACUCCUGUAUAGAGCGAUUAUAGCAUGAAAAGACCAUUUGCUUUAUUUCCAUUUAUUUUUUACAUUAACUUUAUAUAUAUGUUUUUAACCCUUUCUUCGAUGUUGCAGCACUGUAAAGCGCCGAUGUUCUGGAGUGUGGAUGGAAAGAAGUGUGUGUCCUGUGAAGGUCAACGUCGAAUCGAUGGAUAUUGUCUGAGUGACUAUACCAUUUGUCCCGGUAAAAGAGAUUUAAAAAUUUUUGACGAAAUGUCACUUUUGGAUUAUUGAUUUUUUUUAUUUGAAAUUUUUUUGAGUUUCAGUUUUUUAGUAGGCAAAUAAUGCAAUUUUCGCGAUUUUUUUUUGCAAUUCUAAUUUUUGGACGAAGUGUCAAAAAAAUUUUAAUUAUUGAUUUUUCGAGAAUUUUUGUUUUUUUUUUAAGUUGAAAAUGUCCUCGUUGAAGUGCGUAUUACCGAAUACGAAAUGCAAUAAAAAUAUUUUCAGCCCCGCUGGUCUCCAUCAGCCCCACGGACUGUGCCUUUGAGUGUCCCGCCGGCCAAACCAUCACCAAGUCGUUGGACCUAUUGCUCGAGAACAAGGCGAAACAUGCCGUUUGCGAGCCGUGCGAGGUCUCUUUUGAUGGCAACGAUUUUAGUGAAGACGCUGCCAGAGCUUGCCCGAAAAGUAAGGUGGGCGGGGAAGUUUUGGUGGGGCGAGAGGUGACUCUUUGAAAAUUUUUAGUUUUUUUGAUUGUUUUUGGGAUUUUUUGAAUUUUUAUGGAGCUGGAAGGGGUUAAAGAGUAUGGAAGUGUAAUUUUCAGGGUGUGGUAAGAGGGGAUUUUGCGAGAUUUUACAAUUUUCUAGCGAUUUUUAGCGAUUUCUUGGGAUUUUGGGAGUUUUUUUUUUUUUGAAAAGUUCUAAUUUUGGAUUGUAGGAUGGUAAAAUAAAGUUUGCUAUGGCUUUUUCAGUUAAGUUGCAGCAUGAGACUUUUAAAUUUUGCCCAAUUUUUGAUGAUUUUUUUUUUACUUUUUUCAUUUUUUCGAAAAUUUUGAAUCAAGUAUAAUAUAAGGGUUUAGCCUGCUCCCAUUACGGUCUUUUGACCCUUUUCAACGGCUUGGAGGGAUGUCAAAUCCUGAUUGGCAAGAUUAUUAUCAACCAGUGGACCAUGGGCCAAAGAACCACCAAGCAAUGGCACGAUAAAUUCCUUGCCCUGUUGGAGUCGUUUGACUCGAUUUAUGGAGACUUGAUCAUCCACGACCUGUUCAAUGUGGUCACUUUCAACUAUUUGGCCAAGUUGAGAAGAGUUGAAGGGUAAGAAAAAAAUAUGUAUUUUUUCACAAGGAAAAUACUUCUUGGGGUAUGGAGUUACUGGCCGAGACCUAUAUCAAAAAAUCGCAGAAUUUUUUUGACUCAGAAUAUGUAGAAAUUAGCUGCCCAAUUUUUGGUUUGUAAGGGCGAAAAAAUCCUCGAAACUUUUCUCACAACACCACGCAAAUGCCUUUUUGACCAAGUUUUUACCAUUUCAAAAGCUUCGUUUGUAGCUAAGGAGAACCCUGGCAUCUUGACAAGCCUUAAAAUAUCAAACUUUAUUAUGCGAAUGCCCUUUUUUAUAUUGGAAAUACUAAUUUUAAUUACUAGUUCCAAUAUAAAAAAGGAGCGUUUUUAAUCAAAUUUGAUAUUUUGAGGCUUGUCAAGAUGCUAGGGUUUACUUUAGCUCCAAAAAAGCUUUUGAUUUGGUAAAAACUUGGUCAAAAAGGCAUUUGCGUGGUGUUGUGAGAAAAGUUCUGAAGGUUUUUUGCCUUUACAAACCAAAAUUGGGAAGCUAAUUUUUACAUAUUCUGAAUCAGAAAAAUUUUGCGAUUUUUUUGACGUAUGUCUCGGCCUGUAACUCCACACCCCAUAGAAGUAUUUUCCUUGCGAAAAAAAUUUGUCAAAGAUCCCCAAAAAAUGAAUUAAAUUUUGUCUUUCAAUUUUUUGGACUUUAGAGCCCUUCGUUUCGUCAACAAUGACAUUUUACGCCACGUUGCGUUGAACAGCAUCGUCCCGAAAGGCAUUACCAAACUGGAAAUGAUCCGCAACCCCCAAUUCAACCUGCAUUCCCGCAUCGAGUACUUUAAAAGAAUCGCCAAGGCGACGAACUAUGAUUUCAAUCUCCGCCCCACGUCCUAUCAGCCCUUCAAAGAGAGCGUUCAGGGUCUGUACAAGACCUUUGGAGCCGAGUAUCCCACUCUGGACGAAGUCACUUGCCCCGCUAAUACAAUGUUCCCUGUUGUGGUGAAGGAUAAGGUAAGGAUUUUUUCGGGGGUUUUGUGAGUUUUUUUUCAAUAGUUGACGAUUUUUUUGGGGGUUUUUGGUAUUUGUGGCCAUUUUUUGGAUUAUUAUUUUUUUUUUUUUUUUUUUUUUUUUUUGAAAAUUAGCUUGAUUUUUCAAAAUUUCGAAUCAAAAGUGUCGCAGACUGAGACUAGAGUCUUCUAAAAACGGGAUUUUUUGGCUUCCGAUGUGCAGAAACCACCGAAAUUUUGAGAUCAAAAAUUUUAAAAAAAAUUUUUUUUUGUAAUUUUUCGAAAUUCGAGAGAUUUUUUUUUCGACCAGAAUUUUUUUGUCGACUUUUUUUUCGAUAAUUUUUUUUUGUUUUUUAGCUCGAAUGCGUUGCCGAGAAGCCAAUCGACCCGGCCCACUGCUCCCCAUUCUGCCAGGAAUGCGACAGUAAGCGCAGAUCGACGUUCCACUGCAAAACUUGCCUAUUCAAUUUGAUUUCGGACCAGAAUCUGAAGACUUGUGUGGGUCCGGUGUGCCCCUACGCUUAUUACGAGGAUAAGUCGAAGAAGACGUGCGAGAGAUGCCAUCGAAAUUGUCUGACCUGCGCUGGCCCGCUGGGCGGAUACAAGAAGGAUUGCGUGCGGUGCCAGAUAUUGUACUUUGAUGCGGAGAAAAAGAAGGUAAGGGAAUUUUGGGAAAAAAACGAAAAAAAUAAAAUAAUUUAGGAAAAGAAACAUUUUUUUUGGAAAAAGUUCCUUAUUUUGGCCACAAUAAAAGUACCCCGCGAACUGCGCCCAAGCUUGGGCACUAAAGUUAGGCAAAAACGCUUCGACCUAGCUGGCACUGAAUUACUAUAAUAGCUCUAUAGUUUUAAGGGUACCUACGAAGGCUGUGACGACUCAUUUAUUCCAUACGGAGUCAAUAAGUUUAGUUCCGGACAUAUUUCAUCGUAUAAAGUGUAAAAUCACAGGCUGCAGCCGUUUUUGAAGGGUAAGGUGGUACGUAAAAAAGAAGGUACCUCACCAACUAAAUCCACUGUCCGGGCAUUGACAACGAUGAAUUGAGCGUGCACGCUAAAUUUGGGCUAAUUCCGACCAGUUUCCGCAAAGUUAUAAGUUGUGGCCAAAAUAAGGAACUUUUACCUUUUUUUUUUUUAUUUUUUUUUUCUUUUUCAGCCCGAAUGCUUCCCAUUCAUCCCCUUUUCUUUCCUUCAAAGCAUGUCGGUCGAGAAUUCCGUCACCGUAGAUGCGUUCGCUUCCGUCUUUGGAACCGAUAAUUUGUUGCCUUUCGAGCAACAAGGCCUCCCUUAUGAUUAG